UGGUGAACGCGUUCAGAAAGUGCCAGCCUGUGAAGCUCAAAAAGCCUCUUCUGGCUGCGCUCCUGGCCGGGCGGCGGACUCGGGCGGAGGCAGGGCUCCUUUGUUCGCCGGCCGCGUGGCUGGGAGCGGCUCCGCUGUCCCCGGAGCUCCGAGCACUGCGGGGGCUCCGGGCGGGGAUGGGUGCUCGGGCUGGAGCGGGGAGGCGGCCGGGGAGGCGGGCUGGACGAAACGGGUGGGUCACGGCGGCUCGCCCUCACUGCGGGAGUCAUAGGAGACAUCGGGACGUAUUGGGAAAAAUCUGCUUUGUUAGUUUCUUCUGAGAAUGCGGAGUCUCUCUAGAGACACGAGACUGGCUCGAGUCCAUCGCGAUCAACCACAAGCAUAGCAAUGAUAGAAGCUUAGAUCCUAUUUUGGCCGCGGGAAGCUCUGAGAAGUUGGAAUGUGUUGCUGUUCUGUGCUGGAGCAUCCUCCUAGUGUCUGCUGAGAUGUAUGCUGAGGGUCUCUUAGCAGUAGUGUGAGCAGCAGUUGGAAAGGGAGAAGGUUAGAAAACAUAAAUGAACUGGGAGGUGGAAAAGAGAAAAUGAUUGUCUUUAAGGCAGUACAAAUGCUAGCUUUCUUCUUUGUUGAACAGAGCAGGAGACAUUAAAUUGCAGUUGGUAACAGCUAUGGAAUACUCCAACAGCGUAUCCAGAAGGUGGAUCACAGAGCAGGUGGUGCUCUGGGGGUUACACGUUGGUUGUUCUGCACAGAACUAGACUCUUGGAAGCUCACUGUCUGAUGUACAAAGAACACAGUCUCAAUGCAAAUGCCAGCUCUUUCACUGGUGAGGUUUUGUGCUUCUUUUUUUCUGCUGUGAAACUUGACAGCAGUAUCUGCUCACUAUUCUCUUCCAUUAAGUGAAUCACAACUGUCGCUGCUUUCUUUGGGAUCAUAAAUUGAGAAGCAAAGCAGGAGCUGGGACAGUCCCUGACAUCUGGCCAAACUGGAGUAGCAAGUACUGAGACUAGAGAUGGUAGUUCACCUACAGACUGGGGAGCAGCAUGUGGGAAAUCCUGCAAGUCAUCACUUAUCUGAAAUGCUGGUGGCUUAUGUAUUCUCUGAUUCGGUGCUUACACCUUCACGUACAGUGUUGUAGAGUCUAGGAUAUACUAAGCAUUGCCUUGUCUCCCCAGGUUGUCAGUCUAUGCGUGAAGAAUUGUUUGGGUAAUCCUUUAAUUUGAAGAUGUUACUGGGUGGACACAAGUUCUGAGGGGCUUUUAUUGGGAAAGCUGGUUCUGUUGCUGCUGCAGUUGGUCUGUUGGGCCUUGGAAGUGGCAGCGAUGGAUCAGUGCUGCACUAAGUUGUUCUUCCAUAUGGCUUGCAGAGUACAUUAAGGUACCUUCCUAAAAUACUGCGUGUCUGGAGUGAGGCUCUCUGGUUAUUCAGCAGACUGCGGUAGUAGUUUACCUUUAAAAUCUGCUGUCAAGCAGUGUGAUCCACUUCUGUCAGGCUGGCCAGAGGUAACAGGGUUUACCACUAGUACAGGAAACAUUGUGUAUGUGGAAUCUCAGCAACGUUCAGGAAAGCCUGGUUCAGAUCUGGAUAGAAGGUUUGCUUAAGUAGCCCCAGUCUGUGCAUUCUCAAGCCUUCAUGUCUAAAAUAAUACUCAUGGGCACUUGGGAGACUUCUCUUCUUUCAUAAGUUUCACAAAUAGUAAUCUCUUCAUCUCUUGAUGGUGAAGUGGGUAUGCUAUAGAAGGAUCUUUGAAAGGUUACUCUUGACCUAAAUUGCACAGACAAUGGGGAAACGAUCACAACACACAGAAAAAGGAUAAAGCAACCUUUCCGCUUUCAAACUGCGUCUUUUUAGAAUGAACCUGUACCAGUCCUGAAGUUUAACUGCUGAUUGAGUGGUUGUGUAGUAUGACCCUCAACAUAAACAAAGUUGUGGAGAAGCUGCUGCUAGGUACCCAGGCUGCUUAAGCAGACAGAGGACAGAUGGCCUUGAAAGAAAAGAAAGUUGUAAGGAAAAGCAACAAAGUUUGAAGGAUUGUUGAAGAAACUGGUCUACAUUUUGCUAAUGCAGACUGUCGGAGUUUUUAGUUUACAGUGCAGAACAAGUUUUGCUUGCUUUGAAUCAACUUUGUGAGUUUGAGCUUGACUAUCUGGUAUCAUCUACAUAGCGCCGGAUGUAGUUUAAACUUGAACAAAAACUGUUAGGUCACUUAAAACUACCAGGAGUGCUGCCAUGCCCUUGAGGUGCACUCUCCCCUUUCAGGUGCAGUAAGUCAGUUUCCCAAACAACUUUUGUCAAUACAGAUUGCUUUUAUUGCUGGGAGGUGUUUUGGGGCAUAGCAGCUGAGGAAGGUAUUUUAGCUAGUUAUCUCUGUUAGAGAAUAGUUUAAAUACAACUUUAAUUGCCUCAGAUCACUACUGUGAUCAGUCUCUGCUCAUUUUUACUGUUGUAUCCUUCAACUUUAAAGUUCUUCCAUUUGCUUUUCUGGUGAGAUCAGAAGUGGUUUGCGCUGAAUGAAGUCAGCCUUUUGUCUCAGAGUAGGAAAUUUAUGGCUUCUCUUGUCUUGCUUUUCUUUCUUUCUUUCUUUCUUUCCUUCUUUCUUUCUUUCUUUUUUAACUGUUACUCAUAUAUUUGGGGUUCCCCUUGCUGUGGUUAGUUCUUUUGUGACCUACUAAUGAAUGGAUGGAUUUUUCCUAUACUUGAAUUGGUUAACUAAAGAAACUCUAGACUUUCACUUUGCACUUGCCACUUAAGCUGGGAUAUGUAACACUGCAUGUCUUACUGCUAAGAUGAGACAAAGUGUUUUUGCAACUCUCUUGCAACUUUCUUGACUUUCCAAUAAAAUAUUUGUUCUCGACUCUUCUAAUAGAAAACCUUUACAGCGUGUUAGGAAUGGGGUACCAAAAGUGUCAAAGUUGUGACUAAGCUUUUCUGAGUGUGUCAGCUUUGCCUGUCUCUGAGCCCUGAGUGAAGUGCUGUGGUUACUGCAGGUACAGACUUUCUAUUGCACUGUUCUCAAAGCUCAACUUCUUGGAGUGAUCAGACUUCUUCAGUGGAUGACCGUUUUUUUUUGUUUUGUUUUGUUUCCUUUUCAUUAAAUUCCCCCCCGUCUUGUGUGCUUCUCCUCGUGUUUUCUGUUCCCAUGUUGAGGUCUGUUUCUGAGACUUUCAUUUCAGUUUCCACUUCUCUUUGUUUAGAGACGCUGCUUUCACUUGGCAAUUCUUAACCUGGUGCUGUGUGUAUUCCAGUAUUUUGUGUAGUUCAGUUACCUUCUUGUUCUUAUGUUAGUCUUACAUGAGGCAUAUAACUAAUUAUUUUCUCUGUCUCUAGAUGUUAUUAAAUGGCAUGACCUACUAUAUGUCCUGAUCAGAGAUGAAUGCUGCUGGCCAAAUGUGAAUGGGGAACUUACCUACAUCACGUAACUUAGAAAGACUGUAGCCUUGGGGAAGUCUCACUGCUUAGCAAACUGUUGUUUUUUUUUAAAGCAGUGAGCUUAUGAUAUACAGCAGUGAGCUCCAUAUACAGUCUUUGGCCUUAUUGCAUUACAGAAAGCACUGCCUGUAUGAUUGAAAUUCUCUUUGGUUACCACAAAAGUGGGAGAAGAUAAUGGCAUUCAUCCCACCCAUCUUUCAGGCAGGCUUAAACAAAGCUUUGCACCACUAUUAUUCCAGCCAAUCUGCAGCUCCUUUGUAUUGAGAUGGUUCUCUAUCUGUUCUAUCAUUAAAUCUGAAAUGUUUGUUCCUCUCUGGCCUGCUUGAAGCAAGCAUGGAGACUCCCAACAUGUAUAUAGGAGUCUUCUGCACUGGAUCUGUUUGUUUGAUGUGUAUCAUCAUUGGUCUAACCAGAAGAAAAAAUAAAACAAACCCAAUAUUUUUGUCUGACUCUAACCUAUGAAUUUGAUGUCUCACUUGUUUUAAUGCUCCUGCCUUGGUGCCUGAACGUUAACAUGAGUAUUCUUUGCGUUUUGACCCCGAAAAUGAAGAUGCAUUCGGAGUGUGAAGCUGAAUUGGAGCACAGAGUAGGGUGUUGCUUGAGGAAGAGAGGAUAGACUGGAAAGCAGAUGAAAGAAUACUUGUUCUGAAGAUACAUUUAAAACCUGGAAUUAUUACUGCAAAUUCUAGUGUGGUUUAGAAAUGGCCAUGAUAGGAAAUCAUUAGCCUUCUGCUUCAAUGAGCCCUUCAUAGUUCUUCAAAUUCCCUUUAUUUUUAAAUAUUUUGCCUGGCAAUAGUACUUAAAGUGAGGCUGCACAGAAAGAUAGCCAGUUAUCUCAGUCUUAUUAAAACUGAAGGUUAAAUUCGGCAGUUGGAAGAGCAAGUUUGCUUCAUAUCCUUAAGCUUAACCUUUGAAUACGGCCUAUAGACUGGAAUGGAUAUUAUGAAGAAAAUAAGCAGGAAAUAACAUUCCCAGAUCUAGCUACAAGAUUUGUCGUGAAUGAAAUCAGAACGUGAGAAGAUCUAAUUGGAACUGUAAGUUUACUUGAAGAUGCCACAAAGGGAAGAACUCAUCUGCAAGUCUUGUCUUUCAGAGCUGUCUGCUCUCUUCCAGUACAAGAAGAAUGUUUUUGAGAAAGAUGACUUGUGAAAACCGUGCAGGAAGUUGGGUUUGUGAUACUGAGUGAGAGACAUCAUGCCUUACAGCGGACACUUAUCCUGAAGGACUGACACUGUGCUCUCAAAGUAAACUGCAAGCACUCUUUAUAAACAAAACAGAGAAGACAAAAAUAAUUCUGAUCCUAAACAGGAAUAAGAAUUACAAGAACUGCAUCAGAAUGUUUGUUAGUCCUAGAAGAGUCAGAAAAUGCCAGUUCUUGCAGAUAUUUGCCACUUGCUUCAUACUGUGUGUCAUGAUUUUCUGGGGACCAUUUGAUAAUCGCUUUGUAAGCCAUAUGAAGUCCUAUUCAUACAGAUACCUCAUAAACAGCUACAAUUUUGUGAAUGACAGCCUGUCCAUCAGUAGGGAUAACAUGGACAGAGUAGCAAGCUACCGGUACUUGAUGAACCACAGGGAGAAAUGUCAACAGCAGGAUGUCCUUCUCCUGUUGUUUGUGAAGUCUUCUCCUGAAAACCGUCAUCGGAGGGAUGCAAUUCGACAGACUUGGGGUAAUGAGAAAUAUGUUCGUUCUAAACUUAAUGCCAACAUUAAAACCCUUUUUGCUUUGGGACAACCAACAGAUCAUUUGCGGCAAAGAGACCUUUAUCUGGAAGACCAGAAAUACAGUGAUUUGAUUCAGCAAGAUUUCUUGGAUACUUUUCACAACCUUACUACUAAAUUACUUCUACAGUUCAGCUGGGUAAAUGCCUACUGUCCUCAUGCCAGGUUUAUUAUGUCUGCAGAUGAUGAUAUAUUUAUCCAUAUGCCAAAUCUUGUUGCUUAUCUCCAAAGUCUAGCACAAAUGGGUGUUCAGGAUCUCUGGAUUGGCCGUGUCCAUCGUGGAUCCCCUCCCGUAAGAGAUAAGACUAGCAAAUACUAUGUUCCAUAUGAAAUGUACCAGUGGCCCUCGUAUCCUGACUACACAGCAGGAGCUGCGUAUGUAAUAUCAAGUGAUGUAGCAGCUAAAGUAUAUGAGGCUUCAUUGACUCUCAAUACCAGUCUUUAUAUAGAUGAUGUCUUCAUGGGCCUCUGUGCCAACAAAAUGGGAAUUGUACCACAGUAUCAUGCCUUUUUUUCUGGGGAAGGAAAGGCUCCAUAUCAUCCCUGCAUUUACAACAGAAUGAUGACAUCUCAUGGACACGUGGAUGACCUUCACUAUCUCUGGAAGCAGGCUACCGAUCCCAAAGUUAAAAAGCUUUCCUCGGGGCUCUGGAGUAGAAUAUACUGCAGAAUAGUUAAUAUUAUGCUUCUCUGUAAGCUGUAUUAUGAGAACACAUACCCUUGUUCAGCUGCAUUUUCCUAAUACUUGAAUAUCUGUUGAAGAUCCACUGAGCCAAAACAGAGCAACAACUUUUUUUGCUGUUUAUUCAAAAUAUACGUAAAUGUGAAUAGCUGGGGUGGGCUUGGGAGGGGUGGGAUAGGAAAUGAAGCAGGGUAGUGGGAGAAUGGUGCCAAGUCCUGUUCAGAAACUGUUAUUGGAAUAGCUCUCCUAUUGUACCACAACUUUCUACAUUGUAGCCUGCUUUAUUACUAUUAUUUUUUUUACACCCUUCACAGGAUGAGAAUCUGAAUUAUAUGGUCAUUAAAUGAACUAUAAUGGACUUCUAGACUUUGAAAUGGUUGGUGAAAAUAUCACUUAUUUUGAAUUUGUUAGCAAGUCCUAAGGUGUUUUUUUUUUCUUUUUAAAAAGCUAAGGCAUGUGAUUUUUUAAAAAAGUCUACUGCAUGAAAAUGAAGCAGACCUUUCAAAACGAGAGGAAGGAGAACUUGUGACUCAGUUUAGUAGUUCAAGGCAAUGUAAAUUGGUUACAUAUAUUCAGUAUUUUUGAAUGCUUUAUGGAAAGUAUGCCUGGACCUGCACAACUGACAAAGUACAGGAAGUGUAGACCUGCUACAGUCUUUUUCUCAAAGCCCCCUCUAUCUCUGAAGUAAGGAAACAGUGUCUGAGUGCCCUUUAACUUGCUUCUUCAAAGCAGCAAAUGAGCUCCCUUUAGAUCAGAAGUGAACUGGAAAGGAUGAAAAUCUAGUGUUUAUGUCAAAGCUCUGUCUUCUGAAAAGUUAAGCUGUAUAUUUAAACAAUCCAGUCUUUAAUAAGACAAUAGACUAAGUGCAUUUAAGACUGGUCUUCUAACAGUGGUUCUGUUUUCUUUUGUUCAUGGUCCUGAAGGUGAAAAGCAAGAGAAAGUCAUCGUUGUGUUCCUUGAGAGUGUUAUCUAUAGCCAAUUUGAAGCAGUUAGUGAUUUUAAAGAGCAAAGUUUCAUGUUUAGCAUUUGUUAAAUAAGGAGAAUGUUUUCUGCACAAAGGUUUGAUGUCAUGGUGAAAGGUUAGGCAGAUGGUGAUCCACAGAAACUCAAUACACAAAAUCACAAUCACUAAAACAUUUCUCAAGCCUUUUCCUGAAGAGAAAAGACUCUGUACAAUGUCAUGGUAGUCUCUGUCCCCAAAAGCCUGUCUCUUGAAUAGAGCUUACUGUUAAUAUCACAUGCAGGAAGAACCAAAUACCUGUGCAUUGUAAAUCUAGGUAGUGCUGAAAUUCUGGGUGUUGAGUUGAAUUGUGGUGCCAUCUAAAUGUUGUUCAAAAAAAAAAAAAAAAAAAAAAAAAAAAGUGGUUCUGAGAUGUCUGCAGUCUUUUCUUGUAUAACUUACUAAUGGUGUCUUUACAGUCUCACAGGACGGCUAACUUGGUUGUGGUAGCUCUUCCUGGAGCAGGCACAGGCUAUGCAAAGGGCAGUCAGAUAUUGCUUGUGAACUGAUUCAAUACUGGAGCAAGUUAGUGUAGGUAAUGUCAUUGAAAACUACUUCUGAAAGAUUGAAUGAGACAAGUUUAUCAGCAAGCAGGAACAUGCAACCCAAGAACUUCGGGGCACCAGCGAUCUGUCACAGUCUUGGGAUCUGCUGAUAAUGUACUGCCUAUGGAAGCAAUGCUCCUUGCUUUCUGAGAUGUCUAAAGCUGGCCUUUUCUCCUCUGCCUGAAGUUUGUUGCUGCUGUGUGGAGCAGUGAAGCAUUUAAUGUCUUCUAACUUCUCUUUAGAAGAGUUGUGUGUGGCAUGGCAGUUUUAAGCUGUAAGUAGUAAAUUGUUUAAAUCACUGCUGCUGUUCUGUGAGCUGUGCUGCAGUUGUAAUGAUUUGAAUGCUAAUGGUAUUUGAAUGCUAAUGGCUAGCACUGAUUAAAAAAAAAAAAAGCAGCAGCUUGCUGACAGUUCCUGAAACUGCCAUUUCAGAUGGAUAAGUAGCUACUAGACUGAAGUGAAUAUGUAACUUCACAAUUGGUUUUCCAAGAGGAAAAUAAUUAUCCUAACUGGACAAAAUGUUAGGUAUGUAUAGAUCACAAACUCAUUUAUCAGUAUUAAAAUAAUUGGACUGCAACAGCUGUAUUCUAGAAAAACAAACCUAGUUCAUGUUCUUCCCUACAAACUGAUUGCAACCUGAGCAUUUUUUCUUUUUUUUUUUUUUCUUUUUAAGAAAACAAGACAACAAAGCUCGAUCUGUAACCUGCUGGCCCUGGGUAGGUGCCGGUGGGGGGAAUGCACACAGAUGUGUUCAGUACUUGAAGGAAAACUUCUUCAUCAGAUCUAGGACCUGUUGCAGGCCAUUUAACUCAACAAGAUGCACAGCAAAAUGGCACAACUGGAAAUGCCUCCCCAUUCACUUCAGGGGAAAGAGGGUCUUGAAAUUUAUACACAACCAAAGUCUUCUAUUAAGACUACAAUUUUUCUGGCGUAAGUGUGCAUUAGGAUUUGUUUUCACUCAUACAAGCAAAGUCCAAGUUGUAAGUAUCUUAAACUUCUAUAGUGACCUAGGUAACAUCUAAAACACUACUUAAAUAUAGCUUGCUGUUAUUUGAAACUCACUUUUGACCAUUGAAAUAUGUUGUUUUGUGGCUAAUUUAAAUUUUGUUUGGGUUGUUUCUUGAAAGGGCCUUGGUGUUUGUAGUUUGCAUUUUUGUUUGCUGCAGUGAAAAAAGAAGCUGCUUAUGAAUAAAAAGAAAACUAUGAAUGCACUUCUUUAAAAAAAAAAAAAGAAGAAAAACACAACGAAACCCAACUUUCUGGUUCAAAACACCAACUUAACAUUUGUACACCUUUAACUAGAACCUCUUGUAAUAAUCAUCUUGGUGCUCCAAUGCAGGGCUGUCAGGUUUUACUUCUACAAGCAAAACUGUAUCAGCCUGAAUGGUCAUGCCUCAUUAAGAGUUUGACAUUGUUGCACAGCGUGUUUAAUGCUAAAAUUGUUUUUACCUGUUUGUUUGAUUUGCAUCAAUUUCCCUUUGAUAUUACUAAUUUUUAUACAAAGUAUUCAAUAUUUAUUCUUAAACUUUGCUCUGUACCACAAAAAGACAAUUGUUUUGUAAAAUCUGAUUUGAAUAAACAGACUUGUUUCCUUUU